UGGAGAGCGAGAGAGAGAGAGAGGUAUUCUAACCGAGAAUGGCUGCGGUGAGGAUUGCCAUCGGAAAUGCAGCAACAAGGCCACUACUUUUUCGGCAUUUACCGUCAGCCGUUAAUUCCACCACCCGGAAUUCCAGGUUGGCAUUCUUCGCAGCAUCGGCUUCGUUUUCUUCUUCAUCCACACCGAGGAAAUUGAUACUCUACUCGAAGCCCGGAUGCUGUUUGUGCGAUGGCCUCAAAGAAAAACUCGACGCUGCCUUUUCUCUCUCCGGCCCCAAUUCCCUCGCCGAUGUCCAGUUACAGAUAAGGGAUAUCACUAGUAAUCCAGAGUGGGAGAAGCUUUACCAGUACGAAAUACCUGUGUUGGCCAGAGUUCGAGACGAUGGCACAGAGGAGACGCUUCUAAGAUUGUCUCCCCGCCUAGGAGUUGAGCUUGUCCAAAAGAAGAUCGCAUCUGCAUUCGACCAAUGAAAUAACAAUACGUACGUGAUACAUGGGGCUUCACUUACAACUUGUUUUCAUUUUCCGAGACAAAAUCAAUUCUUGGACAUCUUUCGUAUACAACAAUGUUCUCAGUCUCUAAUACUAUGAUUUGUUGAUUGAUGCACUAAAUAUGAAGAAGACCAGUAGUAAUUGUUUGAAUAAUAGAAUGGCAUGAGAUUCAAUUGAGAAAACAUAAACUACUCUGCAUUUUAUUCGGACCAACACCACACUGCAGCAGUU